GAAGCCAACUUGUGCGUUGUACCGUCGUUUUGAUACAAACUCCACGAAUGGCCAUUCGACAGCGCACCCUCGAUUCCGUCUCCUCUUUUCCUCACCGUCAAGACGUCAAGCACAAAAACUCCACAGUCCAGAUCCGGAAGAAAGAAGCAGUAGCCGGCGAUGACUUCAGAUGGCCGUGCUGCUGGAAAAAUGGCCGAGGCAGGUAUGGAGACGAAGACGACCCCUCUCCUGACGCCGUACAAGAUGGGCGAAUUCAGCCUGGCGCACAGGGUUGCUCUAGCGCCGCUGACCAGGUGCCGGUCGUACGGGAACCUUGCCCAGCCUCACAACGUCCUCUACUACGAGCAGAGGGCGGCGCCGGGCGUGCUCCUCGUCGCCGAGGCCAACGCCGUGUCCGAGACCGCUCGGGGCUACCCGAACGUGCCCGGCCUGUGGAGCGACGAGCAGGUGGAGGCGUGGAAGCCGGUGGUCGACGCCGUGCACGCCAAGGGCGCCGUCUUCUUCUGCCAGAUAUGGCACACAGGCCGCGUCUCCCCUACAGAGUUCCAGCCUAAUGGGCAGGCCCCGGUCUCAAGCACGGACAGGCAAGUCACCCCUCAUGUCGGCCAUGACGGCACGGUCCUGGAAUUCGCCGCCCCUCGGAGGCUGGAAACAGAGGAGAUACCCCACAUCGUCAACGACUUCCGGAUCGCCGCCAGAAAUGCCAUCAGAGCUGGAUUUGACGGAGUGGAGAUCCACGCGGCCAACGGGUACCUGAUCGACCAGUUCAUGAAGGAUGGCGUCAACGACCGUACUGAUGCGUACGGGGGCAGCCUGGAGAAUCGCUGCCGCUUCGCCACCGAGGUGAUUGCGGCCGUGACCGACGAGGUCGGCGCGGGCCGCCUCGGCGUCCAGCUCUCCCCGUUCGCCGACUACGUGGACUGCGUCGACUCCGACCCGGAGACGCUUGCCCUGUACGUCAUACGCUUCAUGAACGGGCUUGGGGUCCUCUACUGCCAUGUGAUCGAGCCGCGGAUGUGCGUCAACCACUAGUGGAGAAGAGGCCUU